CAGCAGGAUGAGCCACGCUUGCAGCCGCCUUCUAAAGCGGGAGGUUGACGGUGACGGCAAAUUUGGACUUGUCUUUUGGAGACUUGGCCCUUAAGGGGGAGUCUCCGUCAAGAGGAAUGAACGCUGAAAGGGUCACUUCCCGCGGCUGUGAAUCCGAGUGACUGCUGAGUUCUCGUGGGCGCUCCUGUGAGCUGUGGGACCGCCCACUGGAGAUGGGGGCUUUUCAGUGGGGUAGCAGCAGAAUCGCGCACAGCGAAUUCCUGUUUGACCCUCCUCUGACUUUAAUGGACGUCAGUCUGCUGCCAAGGCGCUCCUAAUACGGUCAUAACACAAAGAAUAUCUGGAUGUUUCAGAGCAAUGGUUGUCAGACUGUGCCAGUUUAUCCCUUAAAGUUUCUGAUAUUUUUCUACUAACCAAAAAGUGUUUUGCGUUAAUAUGUCCAGUUGGAGUUUCUGGUCGGCUCUGGAGCUUCGGAGGGACUGUUUGCAAAGUGUAACAGGAAAGGAAUUCCUUGAAAAGGAAGCAGCCUUAUGAGUUUUGUGAUUUGAUAGCCUUGUUUAUGUCUAAUAGGUGUUUUUUGGGUUUUUUUUGUUCAUGUCAUGCUUGUGCUAAGAAUGAGUGGGGCUGCAUUUCCAUCUCCAGCUGCUGAGAUGGCAGAAAUUAAUCGCCUUCAGUAUGAAAUGGAAUACACCGAAGGAAUCAGUCAGCGCAUGAGGGUCCCGGAGAAACUCAAAGUAGCUCCUCCGAACGCUGACCUUGAGAAGGGUGCCCAAGAAGGAUUUCCAAAUGCCAGUGUAACUAUGCAGGUUCCAGAGAGAAUUGUAGUGGCAGGUAACAGUGAAGACAUUCCAUUUUCCAGACCACCAGACCUUGACCUUCUUCAGUCUACUCCAUUCAAACCACUGGCAUUGAAAACUCCUCCCCGUGUUAUCUCUCUUAGUGAUCGACCACUAGAUUUUUUGGACCUGGAAAGACCUCCGCAGCAGACACCUCAAAAUGAAGAGGUCCGCUCAGUGGGAAGACUGAAGAGAGAACGCUCCAUGAGUGAAAAUGCCGCUCGGCAGAAUGGCCAGCUGGCCCGCAAUGAUUCCAUGUUGCACAGAUCAGAUACUGUCCCAAGAAAUAAAAUGCCACGGUUCCAGUCACCUCUUUCGACUAAGGAUUGCACUGUGACACCAUCACUGCAACAGGCUCGUGUCUGUCCUCCCAAUAUGUUACCUGAAGAUGGGACUAAUCUUUACUCUGCUCGUGGCAUUUUGUCGUUUAUCCAGUCUUCCACUCGUAGGGCUUACCAGCAGGUCUUGGAUGUGCUGGAUGAAAAUCGCAGGCCAGUGUUACGUGGUGGGUCAGCUGCUACCACUUCCUCUAACCCUCAUCAUGACAACACCAGAUAUGGUCUUUCCAACUUGGAUACUACGCUUGAGGGAACACCAGAUGACAUGACAGUUGUGGAUGCGGCCUCCUUAAGAAGACAGAUAAUCAAACUUAACCGCCGACUACAACUUCUGGAAGAAGAAAACAAAGAGCGUGCUAAAAGAGAAAUGAUCAUGUACUCGAUUACUGUAGCUUUCUGGUUACUCAAUAGCUGGCUUUGGUUUCGGCGCUAGACACAGCUCUCCAAAGGAUUUAAUAGUUGAAAAUAUAAAAAAUUUGCAAAAUUCUUUGGUUUUGUUUCUGACUUGUAUGCUGUUUUAUAAUUCAUACACUGGAAACUUCAUCACAGAAAAAGGCAAUAGAACUGCAGUGUUAAAGGGAUACUUUGCUGUUCAGUUAUGCUGUAUUUAACAGAUUUGCAUUGCAAAUACUUGCAGUAUCCUCUCUUUGCAUGCUUCAGUGUAAAUAUGGAUCAGCUGAUUUUAAAAUGAAAUUGCUUCUUGCAAUGUAAGGACAGUGACCUACAGAAAUAAUCACUGGAUGUUUUGUUGUGGGAAGAGAACAAAGGGAAUGGGUUGGGGGAAAAAAAGAUUUAAAAAAAUUGUUUUUUAUUGUUCUGUUAUUAGAGGCAGUUAAACAUUGCACUUGUUUUCCUUUAGUCAGACUAGUUACAGAGGUGUACCAUAUUCAAGAGUUUGUCCUGUUUCAUGAAUAUGUUCCUUGUUUAAGCACAUGUUCAGGUCAAAUAAAAGGUAUUCUUUGCUAACA